AUGGCACCAGCCACACCUCUCUUCCUGAGCUUCCUAACCGCUUGUACAUUCCUUGACUCCGCUACCGCCCUCUUUCAACAGCGAGCACCGAAGGUCCUUGGUGCUGGGUUCGAAAAAUCAAGAGUUCAGAAGGAUGACACAUCAUUACGACUACUACGGCGUCAAAACCCUGUCGCCGUCGAUGUCGACAAUUAUGACAUUGCGUAUAUCAUCAAUAUCACAAUCGGAACACCACCACAAAAGUUCUCAGUCCAAAUUGAUACCGGCAGCUCAGACCUCUGGGUCCCAUCGGUAGAUUCAGUCACCUGCCAAACGAACCAAGAGGGAUGCCAGACUUUCGGCGCCUUCGACUACUCCUCCUCCUCUUCUGCAAAAACAGUGGCCAAAGAUGCCUUUCAAAUAUCUUACCAAGACAAUAGCGCCGUCACAGGUGACUAUAUCAACGAAACUGUCACAGUGGGCCAGGCAGAGGUUAAGCAAUUGACCAUGGGUCUGGCAACCGACGCCGACCGCGCUCUUGGCAUCCUUGGAAUAGGCUACGGCGCCGGCGAGACCGCAGCAGCCAACGUCGACUCCAGCCUCGUUUACCCAAACAUCGUCCAACAGCUGUCCGACCAAGGCAUAAUCGGCUCCACAGCCUACAGCCUCUGGCUCAACGACCUCGAAUCCCUCAGCGGCAAUAUACUCUUCGGCGGCGUCGACACCGCCAAAUACACCGAGCCCCUCACGGCACUCCCCGUGCAAAAAGGCCCCAACAACACAUUCAUCGACUUCACCAUCGCCCUUACCUCCGUCUCCCUUACCGACGCCGCCAACAAACAAGCCUACAGCGCCCCCAACCUCGCCCUCCCCGUAAUACUCGACUCCGGUACCACCAACACCUACCUCCCCAACGACAUCGCCAACGCCAUCAUCGACGGCGUAGGCGCCAUCAACGACCCAACCCUCGGCCUGAUUGUCCCCUGCGCUCUCUCCGCCUCCCCAGCAAAAUUCACCUUCACAUUCGGCGGCACUGACGGCCCCUCCAUCUCCGUCGAGUUCUCCCAAUUCGUCACCCCAAUAUCCCUCCCAGACGGAAGCACACCCGAAUUCUCCGACAACUCCGGCGACGUGUGCGGGUUCGGCCUUCUCCCCUCCGGCGCCGCGGACGCCCCAAUCCUACUAGGCGACACAUUCCUGCGCUCCGCCUACGUAGUCUACGACCUAGCAAAUAACGAGAUCGCGAUCGCACAGACGAAAUUCAACGCCACGGAUUCGAACAUCGUAGCGAUUGACGGGAAUAAGGACGUACCGGGUGUGACGGCCACGGCGACGCAGGUGGCGGUCACGCAGAGCUUCACGGGCCAUCCGCUCGAGACGGAUGUGAGGACUAAGACUGCGGGGAACGCGAAGCCGACGAAGGGGGGAAGAAGGGGAGCUUUGAUUUGGGGGUCAAGGGCGUGGGAGGAGGGGCGGCAGCGAAUGUGGGGCGUCCGAGUCUUUGGGCGACGGGCGUGGUGUGUGCGUUGUCGUUGGUGGUGGGGAGUGGGUUGGUUUUUGUGCGUUAGAAUGGGGUCGCGUGGUGGGCACGAUUUUGGGGAUGGGGAUGGCAAUGUUGCAGUCACGAGUACAUGA